CCCCCUACUCUCACGGAUAUAUAACAAAACGCACGUGCUUCGUGCUGCCCCAGUAAAAAAUAUUGAUAUGAGAAAAUUUUGUUAUUUUUAAUUAACUAUUAAUUAUAAAAAUUAUAAAUAACAUGAUGCUUAGAAAAAUAAUAAGCAGUGGAUCAUAUCAAAAGAGAAUAAAAUUAAAAGCAUUUUUUAACGUGAUAAGGAAAAAUUCUUCCAAGAGUACAGAAAUUUCCUAUGAAAAAAGAAUAUUUUCUGGCAUUCAACCAACGGGAAAUGUACAUUUGGGUAAUUAUUUAGGAGCAAUUCAAAAUUGGAUUGAUUUACAAAAUUCCGGGCAAAAUGUCAUUUGGAGUAUUGUCGAUUUACAUGCCAUCACUUUACCACAGGAUCCAAAAGAAUUGGAAAAGAGUAUUUUUUCAAUGGCAGCAACAUUAUUGGCAUGUGGUGUUGAUCCUGAAAAAAGUAUAUUAUUCCAACAAUCAACAGUUCCAUUGCACACGGAAUUAAGUUGGAUUUUAUCAUCGAUUACAACAAUGGCAAAACUCAGUCGUUUACCACAAUUUAAAGAGAAAAGUAAAACAAUUAAAGAAAUACCCGUUGCAUUAUUUAAUUAUCCGGUGUUGCAAGCGGCCGAUAUUUUAAUUUACAAAGCAACACACGUUCCAGUUGGUGAAGAUCAAAUUCAACAUUUACAAUUAGCUCAAGAUUUAUCGAGGUUAUUUAAUCAAAAAUUCGGCGAUACUUUCCCGGUUCCACAAACAAUUAUAAAUGACGACGCUAAACGUAUAAAAUCUCUACGUGAUCCAACAAGUAAAAUGUCAAAAUCUUGCCCUGAUUCAAAAAGUCGAUUGGACUUAAUUGACAGUCCAGAUAUUUUAUUAAAUAAAAUAAAAAAGUCAAUAACUGAUUUUACAUCGCAAGUGACAUAUGAUCCAGAUAAUCGUCCGGGAGUUGCAAAUUUAAUAAAAAUUCAUUCAUUAAUCACGGGAAAAUCAUUUGAAGAAAUUUGCAACGAAGCAGAAGGAAUCGAUACUGGAAGAUAUAAAUUAAUGCUCGCCGAUGUUAUAAUUGAGAAAUUAAAUCCAAUUAGAGAAAAAAUUCAACAAUUAAAUGCCGAACCACAAUAUAUUGAAGAAAUAUUACGUGCCGGUGCAGAAAAAGCAUCGUCAAUUGCAAUUCCAAAUUUUUACGAUGUACGACAAAAAAUUGGAUUUAGCAAUAAAUUCAAAUUUCAAAUGAUUUAUUUUUAAAUGAUAAUUUUUAGUUUAAAAAAAAAAUGUAUAUAUUUUUAAUAUAAUAAUAAUAAUAAUAAUAAUAAUGAUAAUAAAAAAAUAUAAAUAAUAUAAUAUAUUGAUAACGAAAAACUUA